AUGCUCGACGAAUCGAAAACGGAGCUUGUCUCCAAUUUCGUGGCAGUGACUGGCGCCGAGGGUGCCGACGCACAGGACACCCUCGAGGCAUGUGGAUGGCGGCUGGAGGAUGCCGUGCAGCUUUACUUCGCUGCGCAUGGCGAGUCGUCCCUUGAAACUGACGAGAAACUAGCGCGGCGCUUGCAAGCUGAGGCGACCGGAGGCGCGGAACAGGGUCCGCAGCGCGCGGGUGCCCAAGAUGGCGACGAGAUUCGCGCGGCGAUUCCGCAGAUGACCGAUCGGCUCUACGGGAGCCAGCCGCACCAGGGACACUUGCAUCCAGUAUCUGGCGGGGGAUUUCUUCACGAGCAUGUUCGCCGGAUGGAGCAAGCGCCUCAGGCAGCGGCCAUGAUGUUCCCGUGCCCCGACCAGAUACUCACCCAGCUGCCCCUGAGCGAAUUGCAACAUCGUGCGGCGGACGAGGACAAGUGGGUAGUGGUGAACGUCCAGGAGGUGGAAGAGUUCGACUCACACGCCCUCAACCGAGACCUUUGGAGCAACGAACAAGUCCAGGCUGCCCUCGCUGCGUCCUCCCUGUUCAACCAGUACUAUGUGCCGACGAGCGAGGCGCAGCGCAUCUCGACGUUCUACAGCGUGGAGAGGAACCCAGUGAUCAUCGUACUCGACCCCAUCACUGGGCAGCAGAUGAAACAAGUGGUAGGGCAGGUGUCUCCGGAGGCUUUCAUCAGCUUUAUGGAACCCUUCAUGAGCAACCCGCCCUCUGGGGCAGGCGCCUUCCUCUCGAAGUCGAUGCGACCCGCCUCGGAGCAAACACCGGGAUCUGGCGCCGCCGGCUCACGUCCAUGCGCAGAGGAGCAAACAGCAGGGGACGUGGUCGUCGUUGACGACACCUCGGCCGACGACGAGGCUGACAUUCGUCCUGGGAAAGCCACGGCUGAUGCAUGCAGCACACCUGUGGAGCCCCUCGCCGAAGAACCGCCUGCCGGGCAUGAACGCUCGUGCCGUGUCGCUCUCCGCCUCCCGGACGGUCGCAGGCUGCAGAGGCGCUUCCUGAUCGAUCAACCCGUGCGGCAACUUUUGUCCUGGGCCUGGUCAGAGCUGCCCGACUCAACGCGCGACCGUCCCUUCGAGCUGAAGGAGGCAAAGCCUGGGGCGGCACCUCUGCUCUCGAGCGACAGCAUCGAAUCCAGCGGCGCAGCGAACUCAGCGCUAGUGCUGAGGUGGGUGGAUGGUCCGUGA